AUGGACAGCCUCAUCGCCGGUGGUCUUAGCGGCGCUUUCGAGGGCUUUGUCACGUAUCCCACUGAAUUCGUCAAGACGCGUUCACAAUUCCAGGCGGCGGGAGUAAAGCCAUCGACGUCUUCACCGGUGGACAUUAUACGCUCAACCAUCAAACUCCAUGGAAUAAGUGGGCUAUACAGCGGCUGUUCAGCGCUAGUAAUUGGUAAUGCGCUCAAAGCCGCCGUUCGAUUCCUCAGCUACGACUCAUUCAAGAAGAGCCUUCUCGACAAAGACGGUAAAUUGACAGCACCUAGAUCCCUCCUUGCAGGUUUAGGUGCUGGUACCACUGAGGCUAUCUUCGCCGUCACCCCCUCAGAGACUAUCAAGACGAAGCUUAUCGACGAUGCCAAAUCUGCUUCACCACGUUUCCGCGGUUUAGUACAUGGCACUACCCUCAUUAUCAAAGAACAUGGCCUUAGUGGACUUUAUAGCGGCCUCACUCCCGUUAUAAUGCGCCAAGCGGCUAACUCCGCUGUAAGAUUCACCACUUAUUCCUCCCUAAAACAGUUCGUACAAGGUAACUCUAGACCAGGCCAGUCUCUCCCCCCUUCCAUAUCCUUUGCUAUUGGCUCAGUUGCAGGCAUCGUCACCGUCUACUCCACAAUGCCGCUAGAUGUGAUUAAGACGCGCAUGCAGGGCCUCGAUGCACGCUCACAAUAUCGCAACUCGAUCCACUGCGCUUAUCGGAUUUUCACGGAAGAAGGUCUUACUAGGUUCUGGAAAGGCACAACUCCUCGUCUCGCUAGACUGUCAAUGUCGGGCGGUAUCGUUUUUGCUAGCUAUGAGCAGAUUAUGGGUGUGCUUGGUAAAUUUAGAGAUGCAUAA